AUGAACGAAGUGCAAUGGCCGUUGCUCGGACUCUUCUCCGUCUUGAUCAUUUUGGCCCUGUUCGGUAACUUGCUGGUCGUCGCCGCUAUCCUAUGGGACCGUUCACUGCGAAAACAACCGGAGAACCUUUUCCUGGUCUCAUUGGCCGUUUCGGAUUUGCUCGUCUCCGUUCUGGUAAGUGCAAACGUGUCGGAAAUCUGAUUCCAUCGGCAUUAUCGCUUUUCUUCCUGGUUUUCUCGUUAUUCCAGGCAACAUUCCAAUUCCGAAAACUUUCGAGAAAAUCAAAUUCAACAUUUCUGUCUUUCUUUCUCUUUUUUCGGGUUGUGACCGAUGGGUCUAUCCCAUCCUAAACACAUCCUCACUCACAUGUUCUCUGCCGUAGGGGCGUUAGGAAAAUAGCCAUCGCAUGAAUAUUUUGGGUGGAAAUACAAGAAGGUCCCGAGGAGGAUGUCUCAAAUCUAAUUUGAGCGUAUUGUUACUGGCGAAGAGAGACGGGCGCCUCCGAAGACAAGUGGCACACAUUGUGUUGACACACACGGAAGUUAUUCGUUUAUUAUCUUAUCGGUGAAUGUGAGAGUGAAAUUGGUUUGCGAGUAGACAACACAGGAACGAAAUCCUUGUCAGAAGUUUGAAAACUAAAGUGAAUUCGUGUUCCCUUCGUUUCAUUAAUUCUAAAACAAAACAAGAAGUAUUAGCAUUUUCCCUGCUCGUGCAAGCGUAAAAGUCAAAUAGCCCGCACACUUUUUGUUGAUUAAAUUUCAUCUAAACCUUGCUCUUUCUGUGACGAAUCGCACUAGACAGAGGUGCUAGACGGGAAGCGCACGAGGUCUAAAAGAAAAAGUGAAUAUCGAGCGUUUUCAAAUUUUCCGCCUCAAUACGCGUUUUUUUCGACUGUCCAGAGUAAUUUGCUUUUAAAACAAUAGAAAUGGAGGGAAAAAACGAGACAACAAGCAUUUAAACAAGCGCUUUCAGGUUAUGGUGUUUGCGGCAGUCAACGAUAUUCUGGGUUAUUGGCCAUUCGGCAACUUUUACUGUCAAUUCUGGAUCAGUUUCGACAUAACCACUUGUACAGCGAGCAUUCUCAAUCUUUGUGCGAUUUCUCUGGAUCGAUACUGGCAUAUCAGUAGACCAAUGGUCUACAUAAGGUUGAAACAGAAGAGAAUCUUAUCAGAAAACAUUAUUUUUAGAUACUGUAAUCGUCGUCGUAUAAACUAUGUCAUAGUUCUCGUGUGGUUGAUCUCUGCAGGAAUCGGCGCAGCACCUCUCGGAUUCGGUUUUGGAUCGAAAGUGACCAUAAACAAGUAAAAUGAAUGUUCAGAGAUCCCAUCCAACCUGAAAUUCAGUUCAACCGGCCUGCCUGUCUGUGAAAUGCGUCUGCCGUUGCCAUACGCUAUCUCGAGUUCGAUGGUAUCUUUCUUUUUACCGGCAAUGGUCAUGGUUAUCCUAUACACGAAACUCUAUCUCUAUGCUCGCAAACACGUGCGAAGCAUCAAAACUCAACUGCAACAGGCCACUUCAUUUCUGAUAAUGCAGCUUGCGUCGGAGAAGAUUCGCGAGGUAAUCCAUCCGGUUUUAUUUCUAGUUGCCAUUCGCAGAAUAGUGCACUGAAGAGUUUUUCCGAACGGUUUUGAAAACCUUUUUUGCAUUCCAUUUGAAUGACUUUUGAAUCAGACUAGAAAAGAAUGGGUCUGAUAGUUGCUGCUGAAAAUUGUGCCCCACUAACAGUUUUUCGCAAUUUUAACAUGGAAACCUCCAUUUUGUUUCGCUUAUUCCUAAUAAUUAACCGCCAGCUUAGAAUGCCAGCUUUCCGGGGCGUAGUUUGAUUUUCGAUUUCCAUUUCGAUUUCAUUUCACGUGUUUAGUGUUGGUCGCCUACCGCCUAAACCCACCCUGAGUUUCUCGAACUCUUUUCUCUCUUCCAACCCAUUCCGCCCCGACCGAUUUUUUCCCUCUCUUUUUCGAUCUGUUCGUUUCGCCCCUUCCACACCUGCAUGCUUGUCCGCAUGGCGUACUAUUGUGCUUCCCAGGUAACCGCCGCAACUCUGAAGGGUGAAGCUCUACUUCCGCCCGACUCGCCGGCCACCGAACGAACUACGAUGACCGUCUCGAGGCACUACUCGCGCCGUUCGACGACGACGACGACGACGGCGACACCGCGGCGCGGAGACCAUAUAACCAGCUCGCAGAAUAAGGUUGAAUCAGUGAGUUGUGUAGAAACCGUUCUCCCACUUAUUCCUACCCCCACUAUCCCUCAACUUGCCUAACACAUCUAUGCGAGUUCAUGUUCACACUGGCACGAUUCACUUCAUUUACACUAUCCUCCCGAGUUGUUCAGUUUUUGAAAUCACUUUUCAAAGCCAGUAAAGUGAGAGUGAAUUUGAAUUUGCUGUGACGUGUUUAUGACAGUUUAUGUUUAUUUUCCGUUCCAACCUACCCGAAAUUAGAAACAACAAAGAUAAAACAGUCAAUACGAUAGAGAAGUAUUUGAGAACAGAAACAAUUGGUGUAAUACUGUCCCUAUAUUAGAUGCAAUAGCUUACUAUUUUCUAUCUUGAUUACCUUUUCUUUCAAUGCGAGCUACAUCGAGAACUUGUCAAAUCGUUACGUGUCACACUUGCUCGUUGGCCAUACUAAUCAGGCUUUUUGAAGCUUUUUGCUCUUUGGUUCAAAAUGCACAUUUUGACACUUUUCAUAUUUUUCAAUCACUUAGUUCAUUAGUUUUUUUUCUUGUCAAAGUGUGCAUUUUUGCUUCAGCACACCACUUUGAGUUGAGUGCCGCUUACCCAUGUUUUUCAGAUCCGUUCGUCAAUUUUUACAAAGCUGAACUUCUUGUGUCCUGCCAGGUUCAAGAGCCAACGAUCCCCUCAGGACCCGCAUACUCCGGCCGCGCAUAACCGUUCAAACAUCAGUGACCAGAAAGCGCGGUUGGGCUGAAAGUGCGGGCUUGUCCUAACUAUGAUAGAUUGUUUUGCAGACUGACUCUCGGUGUUAUUAUGGGAACGUUCUUAGUAUGCUGGCUACCCUUUUUCACAGUGAAUAUCCUCCGAGCAUGGCUCCCAGAAAUAUUCAGCAACAAAACUAUCAUGGUACUCCUACCAAAGUGAUUUGUCUCAAAUUCAAACAUUUUCAGGCAGUUACAUGGCUCGGAUAUGCCAACUCCUCAGCGAAUCCUUUAAUCUACAGCAUUUUCAAUAGAGAUUUCAGACGGGCCUUCAAGAAAAUCAUUGUGAAAGUGUUUGGGUGCUGUUGGGAAGAACCCGAUCUGAACAAGUCAAUGUGAGCGUUUGUGGGGUAACUGGAAUAUGACUAUUCAUUCAGUUCGUCAAGAUAUGCUGCUCCGGACAUCGAGCGUCGUCGUUCCUGCACAAGGUCUUCAGAAUCCGCCCACGACAACAACAACGAUGCAAAUGCUACACGUUUGAAUCUUCUCGCGAACAAUAACGAAGAAACCAUUCCGGAAGAACGAUAA